AAAAAGGUCUACCACUAAGAAAAAUAAAGACGACGCUUAUCUUCCAUCAGUCGACUCCGCCGCCUCAUUUAUGCACUCCAUAUCGUGCCUCGGCGCAUCGGACGGCGCAUCGAUGACAGCUUUCGUCGCCGCCCUCCCGGUGCCCCCGGGAGAUUCCGUCGCCUCGUCGAGCGUCUUCCUCCCACGCUAUGAAAACGGCUCCUCGCGGCUGGCCGUCUCCAAGCCUUCCUGGAUCGUCCGAACGGAGUCAAAUGUUAGGAGAGAGAAAAUGAAGAGACCAGAUCCGCCGUGUGUGGUCUGUGAUGGUAGUGGGAGAAUUGAUUGCCACUAUUGCCGAGGAAGAGGCAGGACGAACUGCCUGGACCUGAUCAUGCUCCCUAAAGGAGAAUGGCCUAAAUGGUGCAAGGUCUGUGGCGGAAGUGGACUUGGCCAUUGUAACCGCUGCCUCGGAACCGGUGAAUUCCGAGAUGUAAUGGGAUUUCAUUUUAUGACGAAUAAUAGGGAUUCAACAUGAUUAAGCAACCAUAUCAGGUACAAACAUACGUACUAAAUAGACAAUCCUUCAUGUAUGUCGCAAUGUUGUCAUUCGAUAUAAUUGUUUGGCUAUAUCCGAAGAGGAAGUGGCCAUAAUCCUUCAAUAGAUGGUCAAUGAUGUGUCGCAGGGAAAGCAGAUGCGAGUAGUGCAAAUACACCCCCGUGACAAUUUCUCGAGGUUGGGCAGAAGAAUAGCAUCACUGGUUAUCCGAUAUGAAUGCUUCGAGUGAACCUCUGCUUUGUACACAUUGAGCCUAACGAAAAAGUUGGUGGCGCAGGUGAGCUUAAACACAUUGGUUGAUGGUUA